UCUGUAACAAAGAAGGGAGAAGGGAAACAUGGAGUCACCGUCGUUGACCAACAUUUUGUGUGGUGGAGUUCUAGUAGUUUAUAUGCUGUCGUCGUCGACCUUUCUGAGCGGAGCGGCGGCGGCGAAUGACGAUGAGACGGCGGUGCCGGCGAUGUUCGUGUUCGGCGACUCGCUGGUCGAGGUUGGGAACAAUAUCUAUAUACCGACUUCGACGAACAGAGCGAAUUACCCUCACAAUGGGAUUGAUUUCCCCAACCACGAAGCAACCGGGCGGUGGUGCAACGGCAAGAAUUCGGCUGACUGGCUCGCUGAGAGAUUCGGGGUGCCAAGUCCCCCGCCUUACCUGUCUCUGGAUACCAAAACUGCGUCUUCUUACAUGGCCGGCGCCAGCUUCGCUUCUGCUGGCUCCCUGCUCCUCAACAGUAGUUUGCAAAAUCCGAAUGCAUCUAUUGGAUUCGCCGAUCAAGUUGGCUACUACGAAACGGUUUACCAAGUACUGACAUCAGAGAUGGGAUCCGCAGAAGCAAAAACCCUCCUCUCCAAAUCCAUCUUCGUCAUCGUCAUUGGCAGCAACGAUAUUUUCACAUAUCAGGCAAACACGGCCUCCUCGGAAACCCAAACCAUCCCCCCUUCGGAUUUCACCAAUCUCAUGGCAGACAACAUCAAAGAGUACGUCACGGUAAGCUAUAAUUCUAAACUCGAUCCAUCAUCGAUCUGUUCUUUUUCUAUAACACAACAAACCGCUUUCUGUCAAGAAUUAGUUGAUCCCAAUAACUUGAUCGAGUUGCAAAAUCCAAUGCAGGCGUUGUACGAACACGGGGCGCGUAAGUUCGUGGUGGCAGGGGCGCCGCUGCUGGGAUGCACCCCGAUGGUAAGGAGGAAGUUCCAAACCCACGAAGCCUGCAGCGAACCACACAACUCCAUGGCUGCCACCUACAAUCAACAGCUGCAGAAUGUAUUAGCCGACCUGGAAACCCACCUCCCAAAUUCUUCAUGCUCCUACCUCGACACCUUCAAUAUACUCCAAGAUCUCAUCCAAAACCCUGCACCCCACGGGUUUGAAGAAGUGGCUGCGGCAUGUUGUGGGAUAGGGUAUUUGAGGGCAUUGAUUCCGUGUUUCCCGUUUUCACUCUACUGCUCCAAUCGAAGUGAUCAUGUAUUUUGGGAUUUUGUUCAUCCCACGGAAGCUGCUGCAAAACUCAUUGUGGAUGCUUUCUUUGAUGGCCUUUCUUCUCACCAUGAUAAUCUCAGUCUCAAGCAGAUGGCUGCUACUUGACCAGCUAGGGAGAUAUGAUAUGUACGUGUGUGUAUGUAUGUAUGUGUAUUUGGCUUUAAUUUACUCGCGCUUUAUAAAUAAAUAAAGUAAGAAAUAAAACGAUGUGUUAAAUUACGUACGUUUGAUCUCGUGCAAUGUAAUAUGUAAUAGAAAUUCGUGGUUGAUGAAGACUUGGUUGAUCAGAUGGGCCAACAAAUCUUAGAAGUUGAGAUUCAUGUUUCUAUGUACCAUAUGAAAUAUGAAAUCAG